AUGAGGCCUCGGCUAUGCUCUCUCCAGAGACUUACACGGCGCAACCCACCUGAAACUCGCACGGUCCCAGAUUCGGGGUGGGGGAUGAUGCCUUUAACCACGUGGACGCGAUGCAACAUCGGUUGCUGCAAAGCACAUGGACGACGGAGUGCUUGUAAAGUAAAGGAGUACGCGUUGCGUCUGUCGCAUCGCCCUUACACAGUCGAACUACUUUGGCUGCAAUUAUGCGUUCGUCGUAUGCCUCAUCCAAAUAAAUUGGACACUAGCACCAACUCGCUAACCAACUCUUCUCCUUUGGGUAGGACAAGACGAAACAUGCGCACUUCUCUUACUCCUAUACGUAAAGGAAAGGUCAACGUCGUAAUCAGCAAUAUUCGAUCAGCGGAACGAAUACGAGAGUUGGAGGCUCGUUUAUUGCAAGAGGGGCUUGAUAAGGAAUCGGCUAUGGAGAGGGUUCAGCAGAUGUUCAACGAGUUCACAAAAAAGCAUGGUAGGAACAGUGCUGAACAAGAAAAAACUGAACGACGUUUGAUAAGUAAGGAUGAAGAACUUCAAGCCACGCUCACCGAACUAGCUGAGGUUCGCGCAACAUUAUCUACCCUGGAACACAAAUAUGCUCAUUUACAAAAGAAGCACGAAAGAAUCGCAGCUGAGAACGCCGAGAUGAAGAAGGAGCUGGAAGAGAUUCGCAGUGAACUGUUGGAACGAAGAAGAAGAUCUAUCGCGAAGAACCCUCUAGAGGUUAAUCAGUCUCUCAAUGCUAGUACCUUUACUGACGAUAGUUUGGACGAGAAUGCUGGGCAUUUUGUAUAUCAACAGAUGACACAGAAAAUAAAUGCCCUCAAGGAAGAAAACCAGAGACUUGCUGCUACUUUGGAGACUGAACGUGCUGAGCACAAGGCCCAACAAAAAGACUUCCAUACAGCUGUGAUAGUAGCUGAAAGGGGCAGGGAAGAGGCCCAAGCUGAAAUGACGAGAUGGAUUGAAUUAUCGCGCGCAAGCUCGUCCGCUGACUCCGGCUUAUGGGCGGGUCUGAUGCGCAAAUUUGACAAGAAUUGCAAGAGGAAUGCGUUACUGGCAUGGACUCAAACUCAUUUGACAGCUUAUCCGUCAUUGUCUGUGUCAAACUUCAGUUCGGACUGGUCAGAUGGGCGAGCUUUCUGCGCUCUGAUUCAUAAUAUUCGACCAGAAUUGAUAGAUCGUUCACAGCUUAAUCAGGAUGGUUGUACAGAAUUGGCAAUCAAGAAGGCAGCCGAGCUUGGAGUUAACAUAGAACCAACCAUCUUCUCCGUUUCUACUCCCGACUGGAAGCAUGUGAUGGCAGCUGUGUUCGAGCUGUACAAAAAGCAUAAAGCUUUACCGGAAGUGGAUAACGAGUGUUGA